UUAGUAUAUAUAAAUAUUUAUAGAGGUAUUAUAGUUAUUUCUCAAUCGUGUGAGAUGGAUCAAAGUAUGGCUAACCGUUUCUCGUUACCAAUCUCAUUCUCGCAUACAAUAUUAUUUCUUCAACUUAUAGUUUUCUCUUUCAUUCCCUUCUCGUCCUCUACACCUUUUAUUGUUCUCCACGGGAUUUCUAUGGCAUGCGUUGACGGGGGAAGCACGUACUACACCAUGACACUUAGCUCCAUGACUAAAGUCAAAGGACAAUGCGUGGAAGUUGGAAAUGGACUCUUUGAUUCAUGGAUGAUGCCAAUGAAUAAGCAAGUAGCUGAUGCUUGUGGCAAGGUUAAAAGGAUGCCAGAACUUAAGGGUGGUUACAACAUGGUUGCUCUCUCCCAGGGAAACAUGGUAGGAAGAGGAGUGAUUGAAGAAUGUGACGGCCCCCCUGUGAAGAAUUUCAUAUCAGUAGGAGGACCAGAUGCAGGUCAUGCUUCAACUUAUCCCUGCGGAAAGUUCCCAUGGUGUAAUACAAUUGGUCACUUUUAUGGCAUGGGAGUAUACAAUGACUUUGCUCAGACUCAUUUGGCUCCUAGUGGUUAUAUCAAGAUACCAUCUGAUAUCCCUGGUUACUUAAAAGGGUGCAGAUAUUUGCCCAGAUUAAACAACGAAAUCAAAGAUAAAGACAGUGCCCUUCGCAAGAAAAAAUUCAGUAGCCUCGAAAGACUAGUUCUCGUCUUGUUUCAAGCCGACACUAUUAUCCUGCCACAAGAAAGUUCCUGGUUCGGCUAUUAUCCAAAUGGGGAUUUCUCCAAAGCAGUGCCUAUGCAACAGACUGAUGUUUACAAAAAGGACCUCUUUGGAUUGCAAACCUUAGAUAAAGCUAAAAAGAUUAAGUUUUUCAAGGUGCCUGGAUUUCACCUGGGAAUAACCCCCCCUGAAAUUCAAAAGUAUAUGGUUCCAUACAUGACGUGAUGCUUCUGCAUUCAUUGGUUGGGCAUUCAUGUUGAUCAAGAAACUAAUGAAUCUUCCAAUUGUUUAUACGUAUACAAAGUUAAUCAAGUGUUACCUGUUUACUUACCAGUUUGUACUUAUUAUCCUGAAGAUGUCUUGAUACAAUCAACUAAAUGAAGACGUACUCUUUUAAUUGUGAAAGAUACAACAAAUGAUAACAUAUUUGCAGAGCCAGCUUUUGGGGCGGCUUCUAGGCAUUUGGGUAUUUAUUUAGAGGACAACACUAAUAAUAAGGUUAAUAACACUAUUAUUAUUCAUCAAAAGUUUGAGGUCGGGCGAACGUAUGUAAUUAUCAACUUAAUAUCCAUAUGACAUACAAUUAAUACGAGGUAUUUCUUAAGUCU